UUUUACUACGAGACUUAUUGCAAUAUUGGGAGAAAAAAAUAGCGGAGAUACUAGAGAGGGAGACCAAGCUUGAGCACAAACUGCAAAGAAAUGCACGUUGCACGGUUGCCUUAACUACCAGAUAACCGGCACGGAGACGCCUAUGGCACAAUAAUCUUUUUUUUUUGUAAUUCUUGGUGCUAGGAGAUUGAAGAUCUGCUUCUUGUGUAUUGCGUGCUGGCGAGGGCAACGUCACUCCUACCGAAGACACGGGAGACGUCAGAUUUUGCUGAUCUUAGCAUCUCUGAACCAUUUAGAGGAAGCUUUUGCAAAAACGGAAAGCGCUCCCUUCGGCAGCACUGUACCCCCCGCCCCCUUAAUCCUCCCUCCCGAAUGCGGCGCUGAUUUACAGACAGGCAGCCCUGCAGGAGGUGCAGACACUCCCGCCAGCCUCCCAAAUCCGUCGGGCUCUUCAGAUGCGGGGAGCUUGUUCCCGGACUCCACACUGCUAUCCUGAGGGAGGAAAGAUCCGCGGACUCGGGUGGUGAAAAUGAACUUCCAGGGGAGAGGAUUCGUUUAGGCGGCACGUCUUGAGUUUGAUCUCAGUUAAAUGUCUCAGGAGAUCUUGGAUUUUCGGUUUCGGAAGAGACGCACAGUUCCAGAUCAGACAGGCCAUCGCAGUCCCAGCAUUGGAGGUGGAACUAACUGCUGAUCCGGGCUCUGCAGCACUUACCUCGUGCUGGAGUAACACUUCCAUUUAUUAACCAGAGCAGAAAACUGCCGGCUUGAUCUCCAGCCGAGAUGACCGUGGCCACUGGGGACCCCACAGACGAGGUGUCAGCCCUCCAGGGUCACCCCCAGGACAUUUGCAACCCUGAAACUGAUUACGAGUGCUGCGAGAGGGUGGUCAUCAACAUCUCGGGUCUGCGCUUUGAGACCCAGCUCAAAACUUUAUCCCAGUUCCCCGAGACUUUGCUAGGGAACCCCAAGAAGAGGAUGCGCUACUUUGACCCCCUGAGGAACGAAUACUUCUUCGAUAGGAACAGGCCCAGUUUUGAUGCCAUUCUGUAUUACUAUCAAUCCGGGGGCAGGCUGAGACGGCCGGUCAAUGUGACGUUGGACAUUUUCUCAGAGGAGAUCCGCUUCUACGAGCUGGGGGAAGAGGCCAUGGAGAUAUUCCGAGAGGACGAAGGCUACGUCAAGGAGGAAGAGAGGCCGCUGCCGGAGAAGGAGUUCCAGAGGCAGGUGUGGCUUCUGUUUGAGUACCCUGAGAGUUCCGGUGCAGCCAGGAUAAUUGCUAUCAUCUCCGUCAUGGUCAUCCUAAUCUCCAUCGUCAGCUUCUGCUUGGAGACCCUGCCCAUCUUCCGAAAUGAUGAGGAGGAAAGGCAGAGGGCAGCUUUCUACCGGAUGUACCCCAACAGCACCACAACCUUCCCCUCCACCACCUUCACAGACCCCUUCUUCAUCCUGGAGACCCUCUGCAUCAUCUGGUUCUCCUUUGAGUUCCUGGUGCGGUUCUUCGCUUGCCCCAGCAAGGCAGGCUUCUUCAGCAACAUCAUGAACAGCAUAGACGUUGUGGCCAUCAUCCCUUACUUCAUCACUCUGGGGACGGAAUUGGCCGAGAAGCCUUCGGAUGGCCAGCAGGGUCAACAAGCCAUGUCCUUGGCCAUCCUGCGGGUCAUCAGGCUGGUCCGCGUCUUUCGAAUCUUCAAGCUGUCCCGGCACUCCAAGGGGCUGCAGAUUCUGGGGCAGACCCUCAAGGCCAGUAUGCGGGAGCUGGGGCUGCUGAUCUUCUUCCUUUUCAUCGGGGUCAUCCUCUUCUCCAGCGCGGUCUACUUUGCAGAAGCUGACGAAGAGGAGUCUCAAUUCAUUAGCAUCCCGGAUGCCUUCUGGUGGGCUGUGGUUUCCAUGACCACAGUGGGGUACGGAGACAUGGUGCCCACCACCAUUGGGGGAAAGAUUGUGGGUUCGCUCUGCGCCAUCGCUGGCGUCCUGACCAUCGCCUUGCCCGUGCCCGUCAUCGUCUCCAACUUCAACUACUUCUACCACCGGGAGACUGAAGGAGAGGAGCAGGCUCAGUACCUGAAGCCGACCAGCGUCCCCAAAAUCCCAUCCUCUGAAGAGCUCAAGCAGAGCAGAAGUGCUUCUACCAUCAGCAAGUCCGACUACAUGGAGAUCCAGGAGGGAGUGAACAGCAGCGAGGACUUCCUCGGGGAGAACCUGAAGGCGGCCAACUGUGCCCUGGCCAACACAAACUACGUCAACAUCACCAAAAUGCUCACGGAUGUAUAACUGCAGGAGAAGCCUUGGGGGCUGGGGGAAGGAACAUGGAACCAGUCUCCUGUGUAGAGGGUUAGCAACCGAGACGCUGACCCACUGCAGAGGAGAGCAGAGAGGAAACGGAGCCUGUGCAGUAAACCCACGAGCACCACCACCGCCCCUCAACAUGACCAUCUCUCCUCCCAGCACUUCCAUAAUCCAAUCCAGCAGCCUGCAUGGGGUUAGUCUCGUCUGUGUGACUGUUUUAAUAGACUAACAGUAGCUAAAAAGUAGCAAAGAUUAAUCCUGACUCAUACAAGCCCUUCCAACUCCCUCCAAAGAGCACGCAAUACUUAGAUUUUCUUUUUUUUUAUCUCUUUUUUGGGAUGUGUAGAACUAACCAAAUGGACAAGGUCAUCUUAAUAAAGCAACACGACGCGAAUCAAAGCAAACAGGCAGAUAAUUGAUCCCGACUUUGCUGUAAGCUGGAGUGGAUGUCUCAGAGGAAUGUUCCAAACGACGUUGUGUAUGAGACACUUAGUGGUACUGUGAGUAAUGCACCCACAGUGAUGACAUCUGUGACUGUCCAUGACAUCAGCAUCAAGCACUGGGAUCAUCAGAACCUUCUUCUUCUCCUGAUGUCCUUUCCUUCACAGCUACGAUGCGUUUGUAGCGCUGGAUCUGUUGCAGUAGGGAAGGCUCACCGCUUCUGUUUCUGGGGUGUCUGUGGGUCUGCUUGUGUGUCUCUUCCCCCAGCCUCGUUUCUGAAGAUUACUGCAUUGGUUAUUGCAGUGUGCCAGGAUCAAGACCCAAAGGGAAAGAUGCUGGAAACGAGAGACCAGUGAUAAAUCUUCUUUAAAACCCUCCACCCCCACCCUUCUCCUAUCCAUCCCCCCAGCCCCCCUGUUAUUUAAAUCCAUGGAAGCUAGGCAUGCCUUGUUUAUUAGAUUUGUAACACAGCACACAGAUCUAACCGCGCUAUCAUCUUGGCAUUUUACUAACGAAGCAAAUGACAUUCCUAGCUCACUUUCAGGGUCACCAAAGAUUCAUGUACCGCCGCUACCCAAACUAUUUAUUUAUUUAUUUAUUUAUUUAUUUAUUUCAUUUAAUAAUCUAUUUCCAUUCAUUCUUCUAAUGCUGGGAAUUUAAAAAAAAAAUACUUUGGUGGGACCUGUCAAAAAGUUUGCUUCCUCUACUGCGUUUUAACGUAUAGGACCUAUUAUAUUACUGUUCGCAUGACAUGUUUGGUGGCAUGCGUUUGAAUAUGUACUAUAUUACAAAAACACAACAUAUAUGUCUAUACAUCUAUAUUUUUCUCCGUGGUAUAUUAACGCUGUAUGCAAUAUAUAACAAUAAGUCUUUUUUUUUUUAAUAGUUGUGUGACUUUUUGCUAUCAGAUUAGUUUUUUUUCUCAAACACUUAAUACUGUAGGUCGCUUUCAGGGGUUCAGGCACAAGAAGGUUGUACAUUUUUGGGGUGCGGAAAAGGGGACUAACGAAAGAAUAUAAAAGCAAGAGAUCAGUCAGUUGACUGAAUAAGGUGGAUAUGGAGCCCGGUGAAGAUAAGAUUGAACUGAAUCAUCAUCAUCAUCAUCAUCAUCAUCAUCAUCAUCAUCAUAGUCUUUUCACUGUUUCAGCAGAUUCAUAAUCCACGCUUCUGUCCAGGUUGGAAUUAAAAUGUCCUGCAGAACAUGCUGUUUGACUUGGUGGAAAACUGCAUCAGCGUUUCUGUAUAGGACUUGCUUUUCAGAAUAUGCUGGUGAUCUGUAUUGGGUUGACUAGCACAUUGCACUGUCCAGCUAUGCUGUAUUGAGUAUAGUGUGUUGGAUUUGCUGUUAUAGUUUUACCAUUCCAGCAGCAGCAGUCAGCAUGGGGUGGGUGGGGUUUUGGGAGCUCUGACAACCUUCUUGUGUUAUUCUAUUUCAUUCCAAACGCGUACAUUAUAUAUGUAUAUAGAAUCAGUACACGUAGAUGUGUUGUAUCUGCUAGCUCUGAGAGAACCAUUCCGCUCUAGUACGUAGCCAUGCUGAUGUACUGUGUGCUUUAGCUGUCUGGAUGUUGACGGACCUUUAAGGGUCCUGUCCUGUACUCAGAAUGGAUGACCUCGAAGUUUCCUUGAGUCUGUGAGGGUGAUGGGAGCAGGGAGAGAGGGAGAGAGAGAGGGAGAGAGAGAGAGAGAGGGAGGGAGGGUUUGAUUAAAAGCACAAAACGACUUACACUCCCAUCCCCACUUAACCUUUACCUUGCCCCCCCCCCCCUCGGGUGUGCGCGUGCGUGCGUGCGUGUGCGCGCGCUUUCUGAAGGCUGCUGGGAUUGAACCGCCCUGUUUCCACGGAGACGACCAAUAAGGAUUCCUCAUCAAUAAAUCCUGGAAGGGGCCAAAGGCUCAUGAAUAAAAACCAGCUCACAGACUGGACACUGGGAUUUGGGUGUCGUGUGUGAUCAAGCACUUUCUUUGAGGAAUACAAUAUAAUACAGGACAUCCAUUCUGAGAGCAACAGCUAUGUUGCAGCAUCAUUGUCUUAAAAGCAAACGACUUGCACCGCGCUCACAGAAGAAACCUUUAGUCGCUUUUAUAUCCUAAUAACACGUAUAAUAAUAAUAAUAAUAAUAAUAAUAAUAAUAAUAAUAAUAAUAAUGAUGACAGUAAUAUAAGAGUAUUGUUACAGCACUACCACCGUCUGCAUAAUCAUAAAAAGCUGUUACAAUCUGGUUUAUUGUGAGAGCUUUGUUAAUUCAUGUCUUCUAUGAAAACAACACAGUCUGGGUCUUUUUGUUUGGGGGGUGGGGGCUGAAAUCCACACAGAUACACGCUGUCUCUCUAGCUGAACUGUCUACAGUAGUUGCUUCCAGUUUCAGCUCCUAACCCCCCUUCCGCAGCUCUCCUGGGGAGAUUAUAAGUCAGGAUGGGAGGUGAGACGACAGCGUGAUGGAAGGAGAGAGGGAUACGCCAACGAAUGCGUCGUCAUUGUUUCAAGGAGACUGUAUUGAUCGGGAUACUGGGAGAGUGCAGCUUUCCUCUGCAAUGCACGCCUUCUGAGAUUCUUAAAAUACAGACACAGGCUGCCAAAUGGUGGCUAUCUUGAGCUGGUCAAUAUCGAGCUGAAACCUGUACCAACAAAGAAGCUGGUUUCAAAUUGCAGAGGCCCAAUGGAAAGCUAUGCAAGCAGCUGACCUCUCUCCCCAGGCUGCUGAGUUAUCGGACAAUAUGGAUGUUCUUAAUUUAUUCUUUUGUAUAAAAAAACAAAAAACAGCUAAACAAAAAUAAAAUGAAUAAACAUGAACUCUGAAAAGGAGUCCACUUAACAGGUGCACUUUACAGGGACUUCUAGAGCAACGAUAAAGACAAUCUUAGGCUCUACAGGAACUAAGAUGCAUAUAAUCCUUCCACAUCAUAAACUCAAUGAUACUAAUAUUAAUAUCAGUAAUAAUAGGAAGAUACUAUUUAUAACGAUGAUAAGGAACUGGCCAGGGUUUAUUAUCACACGGACUGGCAGUUGCCCUCUGGUUUUUGGAAUGGGGAAGUGGUUUGACCCUCACAGUACCCUCUCGAGGGCGAUUUGUAGAGAAAUGCGACUGGUCAGAAUUUACCAAGGAGGAACUUGGUGUAGAAAUGUGGAUUUGACUUAUAUUGAGGGGAAAAUAAGUCUAUAUGGCAGUUACAUCAUAUGACUACUAGUUGGUCAUAUGCGUUCCCUAAAAGUUUAAUUCAAAGGUAACUGAAAAAGGGCGGGGGGGUCUCUGAAAGCCUCUGAUCCUUUCAAGGACUCCAGAGUUAAAAGAAUUAAAGGAACAUAAGAUUCCUUGCAGGUGCGUGGUUUGCAAAGGCAUUUACCACGUGACCUCUGACCUCUCCAAUUUCUCUUUGAAUCUGCCUCAACCUCACGUUGUGACUCACCAUGGUAACCCAAAAUGUCAACCAAUCAGAGUUGCUGUGACACUCAAGUCAUAACCUCUACAGUGACUCAUCAAACAAAUUGAAACGUUUGAGCUCCUGAGAGAUAUAUAUAUAUAUAUUUUUAAUCUUCUGAUCACUAGACAGCCACCUCGAAAUGUCCAGAUCCUCUUGUGAUUUCAACUUCAGGCACUCUAGAGUUCAAAGUGUUAAAGAAAGUGUUUAAAUUGAUAGGGGUACAGUAAAUAAACAGGCGGUGUCUGCAGCCACAGUGAUGUCAUGCACAGUGACCCUGCAGUGACAAUGCAUCAGUGAUCCAGGCAGAGUCUCGCCAUGGCCAGCAGGGAACUGGAGGGUUGUUUUUCUGCAGUCAGGUAUGCUGGGUAGUUGCUAAGGUAGGGAACACACACCGUUUAUCCCUUAGAAAUAACCACAUAGCUCCUAAAGGGAAAAUACAAUCAUCGCUUUUUAGUUGGCAGUGCUAACAUAAGGAAAGGCAAACACUUGUUUUAAUAGCUUUCUUUUGUAAACUUGCAUUCACUGAAGCCUUGUUAGCCCAUUGCUGGUCAUACUGCCUUUUCCAGUAAAAAUUGACAUAAAUCACAAAAAAAAACAAUACUGCAUUCAGUUAGUGCAGUGAAACAGAAAAUCAUUUUUUAUUUAAAUGCAGAACAAUGCCGUUCUGUGUGUACAGAUAAAAUCUGUGCACAGGGGAAGAUGUCUUUUUUGACAAACCCUUAACAGUGAUAUUGGAUUUCUCAUACAUGAUUUGUAAUGUACGACUGCAGCUAGAAGUCUAAGUGAGUUUUGAUAGAGGACAGUACAGGCUGGGUUGGUUGAUCCAGAAGGUGAAUUGGCUAAGCUGCCUUGCUUGCGUUUUGCUUUUCGUCAGUGAUGGACGGUGUGGUUCUGUGCAGAGCCUGGAUCUCUGGAGCCACAGUGUCAUUAAGUCACAGCACAGGGGCUCAUUAGUAUUCUGCAUGCUGAGUCCUAAUUGGCUGGGGCAGGUGGAGGUGCACAGGGUGUGAGCUGUGGGACAGUCUCAUCGAAGCUGCACUAUUUUGGGGAAUUCAUUUAACAUCCAAUUAGGCAAUGCCUUCGCCCCAGACAAGCAGCCCUAGACUGUGAACAAAAUCACAUGUAACACUAACCUCUGUACAGUGGCUGCCCAAAAGUCCUACUGAUGAAAGCCAGUGCCUGUUAUCUGUAGGGAGCGUGUCUUGUUUGUGUGUUUUGCAUUGAGAGCCGUGACGCAUCCCCUCUAUGUAUUCUGCAGUACUUGCAGUCUGUCAAUGUCAGCAGGUUUUGGUGUCAAGGCCGGUCCUUCCUGUGUAUUUGACUUGAGUGUUAACUGAUCCCAUUUAGAUGUUCACAGGAAUACUACAGUCGAUUGACCUGUGCCAGGGAUCUCUCUCUCUCUCUCUCUCUCUCUCUCUCUCUCUCUCUCUCUCUCUCUCUCUCUCUCUCUCUGUGUUUCUCUCUCUCUCUCUCUCUGUGUUUCUCUCUCUCUCUCUCUCUGUGUUUCUCUCUCUCUCUCUCUCUGUGUUUCUCUCUCUCUGUCUCUCUCUCUCUGUGUUUCUCUCUGUCUCUGUGUUUCUCUCGCUCUCUGUCUUUCUCUUGUCUGCAUUUCUCUUUCUCUUUCUCUGUUUCUCUCUCAGUGUCUCUCUCUAGCUCUGUCUCUCUCUCAUCUCUGUGUUUCUCUCUCGCUCUCUUUCUCUCUCUCUUGUCUCUCUGCAUUUCUCUCUCUCGCUCUCCCUCGCUCUCUGUCUCUCUGUUUCUUGUUGGGAAGCAGUGGUCAUUAUUUUAAGGAGCUUAUUUGUUUGUUUUGUCAGAAAGAUGAUGAUGCAGGGCAGAUGCUGAAACAGAUUGCAGUGAUAAUCUGGGCUCCUGAUUCCUUCGCUUUGCUUUUGUUUGUUUGUAGAUUUUAAAUCUUAGUCACACAGGGCUUGAGUCACUGUAGAGCUUGUUAAGGGUUUUCAUUGGACAUGUGGAGCUCCUUUGGUCUGUCUCACCCUGCCUUUAUUUUUCACCUAUCUGUUAUAGACACUUUUUUCGGAUUGAACUAAAAUAAUGAUUCUUAGCCUGUCCACAAUCUGCUACCUUAUAGAAGUCAUGACAGGGUGAGAAAGGCUUAAACUCUUACAAUGUCAUUGUUUCUGAUCUGUCACGGAAGCUGGCUAGGGACCAGGUGAGUCAGCCUUGGCACUGCCCUGUCUAUAAUCCCCCUGGUAGAAUCUCAUGCAGCAAAAAUGGGCGAGAUUCAGAAAUAUAAACUACAAAUACCCUUAUUAAACCAACGCCAAGAGCAGCCAGAGACUCUGCAGUGGCAAUGGUUAAUAUCUCUACAGUAAUGGGUGGUUCAGUUACAAGGCUGGCAAAUGAUCUUCAAACAGUCAUCUAUUGACUAAGCAUUGUCUGUGUAUCCUGAGAAUUCCAAUAUCACUUCCUGGAACCAAACCACUUCCUGUGCUGAAGGCCAUGUGAUAUACCACACAGGAAGUGACUUCAUACCCGAUUCCUUGUUUUUUGGGGUUUUUUUUACAGCUGAGCUUUGUUCUUGAAACAUAUGUAUGUAUUAAGAAUGAUAAAAUAAAGGACCAAAAUGAAUAAAGUGUGAUCAUGCUGCUAAUGCGAAUAAGAGGCAGGGACUUGAUUAAAACCCUUGGUUUCCUUUCAAAGAGGAUUGCUACAGCUGUGGAAACAUUGUAAUAAAUAAAACAAAGAAAUGGACUUUGGUGAAAGCCGAUAGAGAAGUUGUCUGUGAGGCUGGAUUCAAACAGCCAGUAUGCGCUUCUCUGCAGCUGUUGUGAGUUACCAGUCCAGCAGAUGUAAUGUCUGCUGAGGAACACUGGUUACUGUGUUUGGAGCCCUUUCCAAAGAAGACCCGCAGCAUGCCAGCUGGCUCAUUUAUAAAGCAUCUGCUGAAAGGAAAAAGUUGGUAAUCCUACAAAACACCCAAGACUCGCAUGAGGAUGGUCUUGUUUAUUUACAGGCUUGCUGGAGUAAAAGCAGUGUUUUAUAACCCACACGUACGUUCUCCUUUUACUUUAUCUCUUACCUGUUCGAUAUGUGGGUUGCAUGUCAUUGCAUUCUGAGUCGUUGCAACGUCAGAGUUGGCAUCUGAACUGCCUGGCAAGGGGAUGUCUGCAAACUGCCAACAGGGUUACCAGGAGUUAGGGGUUAUCUAUAAAUUACAAUAUAAGAAAAGGUGAGGUGGUGACAGUAACAGUGAGGCGGUUUAAAAACAGUGGGUGUUUGCUAAUGUUUUAAACACAUUCUCAAACCUAGAACUUUAGCAUUCGUGCUUCAGUGAGAAUCAAUACACAGUAGGACUAGCGUGAUAACAGAUGUUUCAAUAUUUUUUAAAAGUCGCUGCAGUAAGCUGACAGUAAUGUGCAUCACGUAUCCAUUUCAGUAAUGGUUUUGAAAUGGGCCCCCACGUUUUAUGGAAGUAAUUUAAUGUUCCUUUAUCUGUCUGGUAGAGCCUCUCUAGCUGCAACACGUAAAGUGCUAAAUGAUUCCAUUCUGUGAAAGUUUAAUAUUUCUCUGCUUUUUUUUCAGUAUCAAAGAACAAUAGCAUCUGACUAUAUUAACAUAAUUUCUAGUAAAUGGCAUCCCACGAGACCCAUAAUGCAGAAGCUCGGUAUCACUGUGUGUGUCCUGCUUUGUAAACAUCAGAAAUGGAUUCACAAAUUUGUUUGCUAUACUGCAUUCAUUUUAACCCCAGAAUGCAUGCAUAAGUUCUCAGUUUGUAACUUGUGUUUUCCACACAGCCCUUUUUCAGCAGAUGAAUUGAUAACCUGCAAAAUAACUGGUUCCAGACAGAGACUGCAGGGGUAAAAACGAUACUUGCAAUUUUUGGCUAAAAUAACUAAAUGCGUGGCUUUAUUUUUAUUUUUUCUUCCACAUUUCAAGAGGCCAAGUUUUCAUCGUUCCUCUUGCAUUGAAUUAAACAUUCCUUCUUCCAAAACAGGCAAAAGAAAACCGGCAAGCCUUUUCCAGCUGGUCUCUUUGGAAAGUUGUUCAAAUAAAUAAAAGAAGAAAGAAAGAUUAAUGGGCCGGCCAGCGCGGCGUUUGAAACGAAUUGCAGGCAGUUGGUUCUAAAUGUGUACGCUCUGUACGUCACAAUCAUUCUCUGCUCGCUUGUUAUUUAUGUGAGUCAGUUCUGACAAGGCAGCCCAGUGAUUUAAUGAGACGUGUUUCCUUUGUGACUGCGCUGCAUGUUAAAGUGUGACUGGGGGAGGGAAAGGGGGAUCUAUGCUUCAGCUACCCAACCUGAACAACUGCAGCUCCGCUGGGCAAGUUCAAUCAGACCCCCGGAUUACUAGGUAGAAGCACUGCAUGCAACGGCUGUUCUGCAGUGCGGCGAUUGAAUUGUACCUGCAAUUUAAAAUCACCAGGUACACAGUGCAUCUGCAGAUCAGCCACCGUGAAUUACCACCCCAGAGCUGGAUUGCUGCAGUGAAGAACCAGAUAUGCACGCUCUCCAGUCAUUCUGUGAAUCUGGAUCCCUUUAGCAGAAUUACAGGUAAUUGACCUUUAGAAAGACUGAAUCUUGCAGAUUAUCGUGCACUAAAGAUUACCGGGCAUGGUCAGCAGCUAUCUACCGCUGUUUAUUUCAGUUGAAUAAGGUCUGAUUAGAAACAGAAACUGACAAAUCUCAUCCUGUUUUUUAAAAUGCGUUUCCACAGAUCUUCGACUGCUGUUCCUAAGGUAAAGCAGUGUUUUUAUUCCUGGCUGUCACAGUCUGAAGGGUACUGUUAGGGUCCACUUCUCUGAUUGGUUGCUGGGUUUGUGGACCUAUGACUUCUUAUUGGUUCAAAUCGGGGGGAGGGAGGGGCUGGGAUUCAGUGGCUACUCUGUUUACAGGUAUAUUUUUAAUCCAGUGCAUGCCAGUGUUAGAAAUUAGCCAACGCAAAAGGUGUAACUUUUACUUCAAGUAUUUCCAGAAAUAAAUGGUGCAUUUGUUGUCGUCUGCCACUAUUUUAACAAACCUGCUGCAUCGUUCUUGCACUGAACCCUGGCACUUGAAUGAUAACAACAUGUCCGGACAUCACUUGUGUUUUUUGUUUUCUAAUGAAGUCAUUAAUAAAAUUGAAAACGCUUCAACCUUAUAUACCUUA